AUGCACAUAGCGACAUUGAUUGCAUUCGUGCAGCUGUCGCUCGCUACAGCUGUUUCAGAUGGCGUCCAAACUCUCACUGCGGCAGAGUUGAACCUUCAGCUGGCUGGUGACAACUCCUUAUCACCUUUCUACGAAAGCAGUGAUGAUACCGCGGUGCAUUUUAUGCGAGGGUCGAGGGCAGCUGACUCUCCUCUCUUGCCCGAUAUCGAUGUACAAUGUACUUCUGAUUACAUUGAAGUAACAGUUGAAUUUGCAGAUGUAUAUGAUGGUAUUAUAUACAGCAAGGGGUACCUGAACGAUCCAAAAUGCAAAUAUGUAACUCUUGGCGGAAGUCAGUCACGUUACUCGUUCAGAGUGCCUCUGAAUGGCUGUGGAUCUCGACCUCUAUGCAAUGCUUGUGGAACAAUUGAUAAUGUUCUCGUAUUCCAAGCCGAUGACUUCGUUCAGGGUUCACUGGACUUUGCUAGAAAGGUAUCAUGUGCAAGGACUUCACUGGAACUAUCAACUGGUGGAACGAGAGAGGAGCAAACGCACGUUCUAAAACUUAAACCAUUUAUGGUAGAUAUGCUCGAUGUGGUUGCUGUCCAAGGUCCCGCUGGUGGGGUUGAGUGCUGGAUGGAUAUUCAGAAAGGAGUAUUUCCUAACACUACUCCUCUUGAAAAUUCAAUCAAAAUUGGUGAAUAUCUGACAAUCUUAGUAUACUUGAAGGAUAUAAGAAACCAAUUUAAUCUUAAAAUUCACGAUUGUUGGGCUUAUGAUAGUGACAGCUACGACAGCCCUAAGACGAAUAAAAUACAACUAACGGAUAAACAAGGAUGUCCUAAGAAGAAAAAACUCAUUGAUCAAUGGCAAAAGUCUACAAAUACUGGCAAAAGUGGGGCAACUUUGAUUGCGUACAGUAAAGUUAGCGCUUUCAGAUUUCCCGAAACGGAUCAAGUAUAUUUAACCUGUAAUGUAGAGCUCUGUACGAGUAACUGCGAUUCGUCAUGUGGUGGGUCAAUCAAGGAAAUUACAACAACAUUCAGACCACAAUCACAGUGUUACCCAGGCUCUUUGGAUCCACAGUGCCAAUUAAAUACUGCACCGCCCCAAAUUAAAUGCUCUCCUGGUAGCACUGACCCACAAUGCCCGAAGCCUACACCAGCACCACAAAGAUGUUAUGCAGGAUCAGAUGACCCACGUUGUCCCAAAGUUACAACACCCACACCAACCAAUUGUUACCCUGAAAGCACCGACACCCGCUGUCCUAAACCAACCACACCCAAAGCACCAAGAUGCUACCCGGGAUCAGAUGAUCCUCGUUGCCCGAAUCCAACUCCUGCCCAACCAAACUGCUACCCUGGAAGCACAGAUCCGCGAUGUCCGAAACCUACAACUCCCGCAUCACCCAACUGCUACCCAGGCAGCAAAGACUCCCGCUGUCCUAAGCCAACCACACCUGAGGCUCCUAGAUGCUACCCGGGAUCAGAUGAUCCUCGUUGCCCGAAUCCAACAACGCCUGCUCCUCAAAAAUGUUUCCCUGGAAGCAACGAUCCAAGAUGUCCUAGGCCCACAACUCCCAAACCAGUUUGUUACCCAGGUUCUCCUGAUCCCAACUGCCCUCAGCCUUCUAGACCAACAACUAUAAAUCCGCCCACGUAUUUACCACCGACAACGUCAGAACCAAAAUGUUUUCCAGGCUCCUCAGAUCCUCGUUGUCCACAACCUACAACACCCGCUCCUCCAAAUUGUUAUCCUGGAAGCACUGACCCACGUUGCCCUAAGCCGACUACACCUGCACCGCCCAGAUGUUUCCCAGGAUCAGAAGACCCACGUUGUCCAAAACCAACAACGCCGGCUCCACCAAAUUGCUAUCCUGGAAGCACUGACCCACGUUGCCCUAAACCGACCACUCCCACUCCACCUAAGUGUUACCCAGGCUCUAACGAUCCACGUUGUCCGAAACCAACUACACCUGCACCACCCAGAUGUUUCCCGGGAUCAGAUGAUCCGCGGUGUCCAAAACCAACAACACCGGCUCCUCCUAGAUGUUACCCAGGAAGUACAGAUACUCGUUGCCCGAAACCAACUACACCUGCUCCACCCAGAUGUUUCCCGGGAUCAGACGACCCACGUUGUCCAAAACCAACAACACCCGCUCCGCCAAAUUGUUAUCCUGGAAGCACUGACCCACGUUGCCCUAAGCCGACUACACCUGCACCACCCAGAUGUUUCCCGGGAUCAGAAGACCCACGUUGUCCAAAACCAACAACGUUGGCUCCACCAAAUUGUUAUCCUGGAAGCACUGACCCAAGUUGCCCUAAAUCGACCACUCCCGCACCACCUAAGUGUUACCCAGGCUCUAACGAUCUACGUUGUCCGAAACCAACUACACCUGCACCACCCAGAUGUUUCCCGGGAUCAGAUGAUCCGCGGUGUCCAAAACCAACAACACCGGCUCCUCCUAGAUGUUACCCAGGAAGUACAGAUACUCGUUGCCCGAAACCAAAUACUCCUGCUCCACCAAACUGCUAUCCCGGUAGCACAGAUCCGCGUUGUCCUAAACCGACUACUCCCGCCCCACCAAACUGUUACCCUGGAAGCAAAGACCCCCGCUGCCCUAAGCCAACAACACCAGAGGCACCUAAAUGCUACCCGGGAUCAGAUGAUCCACGUUGUCCGAAACCAACAACGCCGUCUCCACCAAGAUGUUACCCAGGAAGCAACGAUCCAAGAUGUCCUAGGCCCACGACUCCCAAACCAGUUUGUUACCCAGGUUCUCCUGAUCCCAACUGCCCUCAGCCUUCUAGACCAACAACAAUAAAUCCUCCCACAUAUUUACCACCGACGACGUCGGAACCAAAAUGCUUUCCAGGCUCCUCAGACCCUCGUUGUCCAAAACCUACAACACCCGCUCCACCAAAUUGUUAUCCUGGAAGCACUGACCCACGAUGCCCUAAGCCGACUACACCUGCUCCACCCAGAUGUUUCCCGGGAUCAGACGACCCACGUUGUCCAAAACCAACAACACCCGCUCCACCAAAUUGUUAUCCUGGAAGCACUGACCCACGUUGCCCUAAUCCGACCACUCCCGCUCCACCUAAAUGUUACCCAGGAAGUACAGAUACUCGUUGCCCAAAACCAACUACUCCUGCUCUACCAAAUUGCUAUCCCGGUAGCACAGAUCCGCGCUGUCCUAAACCGACCACUCCCGCCCCACCCAUCUGCUACCCUGGAAGCAACGACCCCCGCUGCCCUAAGCCAACAACACCCGAGGCACCUAAAUGCUACCCGGGAUCAGAUGAUCCUCGUUGUCCGAAACCAACAACGCCGGCUCCACCAAGAUGUUACCCAGGAAGCAACGAUCCUAGAUGCCCUAGGCCCACGACUCCCAAACCAAUUUGUUACCCAGGUUCUCCUGAUCCCAACUGCCCUCAGCCAUCCAGACCAACAACAUUAAAUCCGCCUACGUAUUUACCUCCAACGACGUCGCAACAAAAAUGUUACCCGGGCUCCUCAGACCCUCGUUGUCCACAACCUACAACACCCGCUCCACCAAAUUGUUAUCCUGGAAGCACUGACCCACGUUGCCCUAAGCCGACUACACCUGCACCACCCAGAUGUUUCCCGGGAUCAGAAGACCCACGUUGUCCAAAACCAACAACACCUGCACCUCCUAGAUGUGUCCCGGGAUCAGAUGAUCCGCGUUGUCCAAAACCAACAACACCGGCUCCACCAAAUUGCUAUGCUGGAACCACUGAUCCACGUUGCCCUAAACCGACCACUCCCUCUCCACCUAAGUGUUACCCAGGCUCUAAAGAUCCACGUUGUCCGAAACCAACUACACCUGCACCACCCAGAUGUUUCCCGGGAUCAGACGAUCCGCGGUGUCCAAAACCAACAACACCGGCUCCUCCUAGAUGUUACCCAGGAAGUACAGAUACUCGUUGCCCGAAACCAACUACUCCUGCUCCACCAAAUUGCUAUCCCGGUAGCACAGAUCCGCGCUGUCCUAAACCGACCACUCCCGCCCCACCCAUCUGCUACCCUGGAAGCAACGACCCCCGCUGCCCUAAGCCAACAACACCCGAGGCACCUAAAUGCUACCCGGGAUCAGAUGAUCCUCGUUGUCCGAAACCAACAACGCCGGCUCCACCAAGAUGUUACCCAGGAAGCAACGAUACUAGAUGCCCUAGGCCCACGACUCCCAAACCAAUUUGUUACCCAGGUUCUCCUGAUCCCAACUGCCCUCAGCCAUCCAGACCAACAACAUUAAAUCCGCCUACGUAUUUACCUCCAACAACGUCGCAACAAAAAUGUUACCCGGGCUCCUCAGACCCUCGUUGUCCACAACCUACAACACCCGCUCCACCAAAUUGUUAUCCUGGAAGCACUGACCCACGUUGCCCUAAGCCGACUACACCUGCACCACCCAGAUGUUUCCCGGGAUCAGAAGACCCACGUUGUCCAAAACCAACAACGCCGGCUCCACCAAAUUGUUAUCCUGGAAGCAGUGAUCCACGUUGUCCUAAACCGACCACUCCCGCUCCACCUAAGUGUUACACAGGCUCUAACGAUCCACGUUGUCCGAAACCAACUACACCUGCACCACCCAGAUGUUUCCCGGGAUCAGACGAUCCGCGUUGUCCAAAACCAACAACGCCGGCUCCUCCCAGAUGUUACCCAGGAAGUACAGAUUCUCGUUGCCCAAAACCAACUACACCUGCUCCACCAAACUGCUAUCCCGGUAGCACAGAUCCGCGCUGUCCUAAACCGACAACUCCCGCCCCACCUAACUGUUACCCUGGCAGCACAGACCCCCGAUGUCCUAAAUCAACCACACCUGAGGCUCCUAGAUGCUACCCGGGAUCAGAUGAUCCUCGUUGCCCGAAACCAACUACACCUGCUCCACCCAGAUGUUAUCCAGGAUCAAAUGAUCCACGGUGUCCGAAACCAACUACACAAGCCAAACCAAGGUGUUACCCAGGCUCUACCGAUCCGCGUUGCCCACAACCUACGACGCCUGCUCCUCCGAAAUGUUUCCCUGGAAGCAACGAUCCUAGAUGCCCUAGGCCCACGACUCCCAAACCAAUUUGUUACCCAGGUUCUCCUGAUCCCAACUGCCCUCAGCCAUCCAGACCAACAACAUUAAAUCCGCCUACGUAUUUACCUCCAACAACGUCGCAACAAAAAUGUUACCCGGGCUCCUCAGACCCUCGUUGUCCACAACCUACAACACCCGCUCCACCAAAUUGUUAUCCUGGAAGCACUGACCCACGUUGCCCUAAGCCGACUACACCUGCACCACCCAGAUGUUUCCCGGGAUCAGAAGACCCACGUUGUCCAAAACCAACAACGCCGGCUCCUCCCAGAUGUUACCCAGGAAGUACAGAUUCUCGUUGCCCAAAACCAACUACACCUGCUCCACCAAACUGCUAUCCCGGUAGCACAGAUCCGCGCUGUCCUAAACCGACAACUCCCGCCCCACCUAACUGUUACCCUGGCAGCACAGACCCCCGAUGUCCUAAAUCAACCACACCUGAGGCUCCUAGAUGCUACCCGGGAUCAGAUGAUCCUCGUUGCCCGAAACCAACUACUCCUGCUCCACCUAGAUGUUAUCCAGGAUCAAAUGAUCCACGGUGUCCGAAACCAACUACACAAGCCAAACCAAGGUGUUACCCAGGCUCUACAGAUCCGCGUUGCCCACAACCUACGACGCCUGCUCCUCCGAAAUGUUUCCCUGGAAGCAACGAUCCUAGAUGCCCUAGGCCCACGACUCCCAAACCAAUUUGUUACCCAGGUUCUCCUGAUCUCAACUGCCCUCAGCCAUCCAGACCAACAACAUUAAAUCCGCCUACGUAUUUACCUCCAACAACGUCGCAACAAAAAUGUUACCCGGGCUCCUCAGACCCUCGUUGUCCACAACCUACAACACCCGCUCCACCAAAUUGUUAUCCUGGAAGCACUGACCCACGUUGCCCUAAGCCGACUACACCUGCACCACCCAGAUGCUUCCCGGGAUCAGAAGACCCACGUUGUCCAAAACCAACAACGCCGGCUCUACCAAAUUGUUAUCCUGGAAGCAGUGAUGCACGUUGCCCUAAACCGACCACUCCCGCUCCACCUAAGUGUUACACAGGCUCUAACGAUCCACGUUGUCCGAAACCAACUACACCUGCACCACCCAAAUGUUUCCCGGGAUCAGACGAUCCGCGUUGUCCAAAACCAACAACGCCGGCUCCUCCCAGAUGUUACCCAGGAAGUACAGAUUCUCGGUGCCCAAAACCAACUACACCUGCUCCACCAAACUGCUAUCCCGGUAGCACAGAUCCGCGCUGUCCAAAACCGACAACUCCCGCCCCACCUAACUGUUACCCUGGCAGCACAGACCCCCGAUGUCCUAAAUCAACCACACCUGAGGCUCCUAGAUGCUACCCGGGAUCAGAUGAUCCUCGUUGCCCGAAACCAACUACACCUGCUCCACCCAGAUGUUAUCCAGGAUCAAAUGAUCCCCGGUGUCCGAAACCGACUACACAAGCCAAACCAAGGUGUUACCCAGGUUCUACCGAUCCGCGUUGCACACAACCUACGACGCCUGCUCCUCCGAAAUGUUUCCCUGGAAGCAACGAUCCUAGAUGCCCUAGGCCCACGACUCCCAAACCAAUUUGUUACCCAGGUUCUCCUGAUCCCAACUGCCCUCAGCCAUCCAGACCAACAACAUUAAAUCCGCCUACGUAUUUACCUCCAACAACGUCGCAACAAAAAUGUUACCCGGGCUCCUCAGACCCUCGUUGUCCACAACCUACAACACCCGCUCCACCAAAUUGUUAUCCUGGAAGCACUGACCCACGUUGCCCUAAGCCGACUACACCUGCACCACCCAGAUGUUUCCCGGGAUCAGAAGACCCCCGUUGUCCAAAACCAACAACGCCGGCUCCACCAAAUUGUUAUCCUGGAAGCAGUGAUCCACGUUGCCCUAAACCGACCACUCCCGCUCCACCUAAAUGCUACCCGGGAUCAGAUGAUCCUCGUUGCCCGAAACCAACUACACCUGCUCCACCCAGAUGUUAUCCAGGAUCAAAUGAUCCACGGUGUCCGAAACCAACUACACAAGCCAAACCAAGGUGUUACCCAGGCUCUACCGAUCCGCGUUGCCCACAACCUACGACGCCUGCUCCUCCGAAAUGUUUCCCUGGAAGCAACGAUCCUAGAUGCCCUAGGCCCACGACUCCCAAACCAAUUUGUUACCCAGGUUCUCCUGAUCCCAAAUGUCCUCAGCCAUCCAGACCAACAACAUUAAAUCCGCCUACGUAUUUACCUCCAACAACGUCGCAACAAAAAUGUUACCCGGGCUCCUCAGACCCUCGUUGUCCACAACCUACAACACCCGCUCCACCAAAUUGUUAUCCUGGAAGCACUGACCCACGUUGCCCUAAGCCGACUACACCUGCACCAUCCAGAUGUUUCCCGGGAUCAGAAGACCCACGUUGUCCAAAACCAACAACGCCGGCUCCACCAAAUUGUUAUCCUGGAAGCAGUGAUCCACGUUGCCCUAAACCGACCACUCUCGCUCCACCUAAAUGUGACACAGGCUCUAACGAUCCACGUUGUCCGAAACCAACUACACCUGCACCACCCAGAUGUUUCCCGGGAUCAGACGAUCCGCGUUGUCCAAAACCAACAACGCCGGCUCCUCCCAGAUGUUAUCCAGGAAGUACAGAUUCUCGUUGCCCAAAACCAACUACACCUGCUCCACCAAACUGCUAUCCCGGUAGCACAGAUCCGCGCUGUCCUAAACCGACAACUCCCGCCCCACCUAACUGUUACCCUGGCAGCACAGACCCCCGAUGUCCUAAAUCAACCACACCUGAGGCUCCUAGAUGCUAUCCGGGAUCAGAUGAUCCUCGUUGUCCGAAACCUUCAACGACCGCUCGUCCCAACUGUUACCCAGGAAGUAAGGAUCCACGCUGUCCUAAGCCAACCACACCUGCUCCACCUAAAUGUUACCCAGGAUCAAAUGAUCCACGUUGUCCUAAACCAACUACACAAGAGCCUCCUAAAUGUUAUCCUGGAAGUAAUGAUCCAAGGUGUCCUCACACUUCUUCCACUCCUAGUUCUUGUUACCCAGGAUCCAAAGAUCCGAAGUGUCCUCAACCGUUUGCUCCAAGUAGCACAAAUCCACCUUCAACAUACUUACCACCUUUUCCAGAAGAGAAUGAGAUAAAAUCUGGUAGAACUAGCAGACUUUCCGAGAAAAAUUUUGACUAUUACGACGAACCACAAUUAAACGCUGAUAACUUCGAGUUUUCCCGAACAAAACCGCGAACAAGAAAUAUCAGGGACGUAAGCAAACUGCAUGCCAGCUUCCUAGAGGCUUUGAGUGGACUGGGAAUAAUAGAUAUGUGUAUUGGUGGCUCCAUCUUCCUUGUUGUUUUGUCUAUCGCUCUAGCCAUCUAUAUGUUUAAACAUAAAAGAAUGCUAAACCGAACAGCCAUGCAGAGUGGAACAACUUUGAAAAAUGAUAAUCCUUGUUAA